GCGAAAAAGGUUGGGUCUUUGGUCCUUGAUAUUUCACCUUGCCUACGCCAGUACGCCAUUGUCGUUGUGGGUACCCACUAGCAGCUUUUUUGUCCUCUCUCUAUUCGUUUAUAUUUAUAUAUGUAUAAAUAUUAUCUUCUGGGUUUCUUUUUCUUUCUCUUCUCAUUCUCUUUCCACCUUCAACAGUAAUGAUUUUCUUGUUAAGGGUAUCCUUCUCGAGGAAUCUGAGGAGUUUUGAUUGUGAAAAAGCGGCAGUCAUUAUAGCUUUUGAAAAAUCAAUUACUAGAACACGAAGAAGAAGAAGAAGAACAAGAACAAGAACAAGACAAACAGAAACUCAAGCGCACGAGUGUGUGCCAAGAAAGAGAAACCAUUACUUGUUUUGAUCAUCAAAUAGAAGAAACACCGCUUAUUACCCCUUUUUUGCCUUUCCCCUUCUAUUUUUGGCUUCCGGGGAUCCUGGUUUUGUUCUGGGUGCUCUGCUUUUUUUAAUUUUUUCUUUAAUUUGUUUUUGGGGCUUUUUGAAACCCUUUGUGAAAUAUGUCUCAACAAAGGCAAUUCCAGAUGGUGGUAGGCAGCAGCAAUCCAGUUGGCCACUACAAUGAUACAACUUUUACCAAAAUCUUUGUUGGUGGUUUGGCUUGGGAGACUCGGAGAGAAACCAUGAGGCGUUAUUUUGAACAGUUUGGUGAAAUCCUUGAAGCUGUUGUUAUUACAGACAAGAACACAGGGAGGUCCAAAGGUUAUGGCUUUGUUACAUUUAAGGAUCCAGAGUCUGCCAUGAGAGCAUGCCAAAACCCAUCUCCUGUUAUUGAUGGAAGGAGAACUAACUGCAAUCUUGCAUCUUUUGGUGCCCAGAAAACACGUUCAUCAACUAAUCCUCAACAUGGCCCAGGAAGGUUUAGAACAGCACCAGCUGGAUUGGUAGCUCCAGCGGCUUUUCAUGGCUCAUCGUCAACACUUGCUCAUCAUCAUCAUCAUCAUCAUCAUCAACCUUCUGGUCAAUACACAUUUCCUUAUUCGGCUUUCGGGUAUUCUGGAUAUACACAAGACACCUUGUAUCCAUUGAAUUAUUACAAUGUAUAUGGUGGUCAACAAUUCUCACCUUACUAUACAGCAGGGACAUCAGGGGCAGCACCUGGGAUAUUCCACAAUUUUUACCCAUUGUAUGCCCAACAUGCACAAAGUAGUCAAGCUCAUGGUUUUGGGGUUCAAUAUCCUCAAAUGGUUCAGUACCCUUAUUUGCCUCAACACUAUGGCUCUAGUUCUGGUAUCCUAUCACUCCCUUCUUCAUUGGCAAUGACUACUACAGGUACAGGUGCCACAACCACAUCAACAACAAUAUCGACGACAAGUACACCACCAACGACAACCACCGGAGUAAUUGGAGCUGGGGCAGCUACUACUUCACAGCAAGCCUCAUCAAGAACAGCUUCUGAACAGAAUUUGUCAACCAAAUAAUGCCUGGGAAACACAAGGCUAACAAGAUCGUAAAGCAACAAAGGGCGCGAACAAACCAAAAAAAAAAGGAGAAAAAGAAGA